CCCUGGGAGCUAGCAAUACGCAGCGCGCAGAGACUCUCAUUCCCGUUUUCCUUCAGGCCUUGCAGGAAGCUGAGCUCCAUCAAACUGACAGUUCCCAACAGACCACAGCAAAAUAUGUCCACGUCGAGUGAAACCCUGUACAGGACUUUAGGACUUCAGAAAGGGGCAUCAGCCAAUGAAAUCAAACAAGCUUAUAGGAAACUUGCUCUGAAGUAUCAUCCUGACAAAAACCCUGAUAACCCAGAAGCGGCAGACAAGUUCAAAGACAUAAACAACGCCAACGCAAUCCUUACUGAUGAGACCAAAAGGAAAAUCUACGAUGAAUACGGUUCUAUGGGACUGUAUGUGUCUGACCAGUUUGGAGAGGAGACUGGAAAAUGUUAUUACUUGAUAUCCAAAUGGUAUUUUAAGGGUCUGUUAUUCUGCUGUGGUCUUGUCACUUGCUGCUACUGCUGUUGCUGUUUCUGUUUCUGCUGUGGAAAAUGCAGAUCUUCAGGAAAUGAUGAAAGAUACCAGUAUGUGGACCCAGAGGACCUAGAGGCACAGAUCAAAGCAGAACAAGAAGCUUCUAGAAUCCCUAUCAUGAUCCAGCCACAGUCCGAUACCAGCACUUCGGAGUUCAGCCAGCUCUCUAUGGAGCAGAAAGUCUCCUAUAAAAUGGAUAAGCAGCCAAGCAAAGCCACACAGUUCUGAGGACUUCAUCAAGGGGUUUAGAAUCUAGCUCACUGGUGCCAAUAUGUAUGUUUAGAUUUGUGUAUGUCAAGGCUGCCAUAACAUGAUUCCUAUGUAUGAUGGAGUAAGUGAAUUACUGUGUAAAAUUUGCCAGAACAAUGCUAAAGGAAACGGAUGUGCUUGUGCUACUUGCUGUGCCGCACAAACACGUGCAUGUGUUGUACUAUACAUGGAUGUUUUCUAGUCCUGAGAUUACAAAUAAAUUCACAGGUACCACAGUUCUUAAAAGUCUGAAAUGGUGAUGCAAUAUUGUAAGUACAGGGUGGUUAUACUUUUGUGCUUCUCAUGUGGAAAACCUUUUGGAGCUGAAUUGACUUGUCUGCAUGUUGAUUCUUAUCUCAAAAAUAGAAACUGUACUUGAGAGGAACUGUGACCAUAUUAAGGCCAUAUAGGCUACACUGCCCGCAGUGGAGGUUCUAGAACUUUGCUGCAUCUAUCAUGCCAAGUCUUGUUGCUCUUCAGGGAGUGAUUUUUUUCCCCCUCAAAGUGGCCAAGUGAUUUUAUAAGGAGGUGCACAGCAGUGGUUCCUCUAGCUCAGAUAUUAGUUUUAACUUUACUUAACAAACUAAACCUCUGUCUAGGUCUUAAGUGGUUACUUUGUGAUACCUAUACAACCUGCAGAGUAACUGCUUUAUAACCACCCUGUAUAUUGGGGCUUGUGCCAUCCUGAUAGUUUUGCAUGGAAUGAAGGAUAUUGCCAUGUGAUAUGUUCAUGUACUGUUCCUGUUUAAAUUGCCCUUAAAUGUGUACUUGGGGCUCCCGAGUGGUGCAUCCAGUAAAGUUGCUCCUUGUGGAGUGCAGGAUGUGCCCUAUAGCCUGGAGAUCGCAGGUUUGAAUCCUGGCUAUGUCACUGUGUGACCGGGGGUUCGCCGCCAAGGUAGGGAGGGCUUAGGUUGGCAGGGGAAUCCUCAGUUCACCGCACACCAGUGACCCCUGUGGCUGGUAGAGUGCU